ACAGGGUGUUCUAUAUUUACUAAAAAGUCGAGAGGAAGUGAUAGAGCACUAAAACGACCGGACAAGCUUAUCACUCGUGCAACGGAAAAUGAAGCUCAAACAUCGAGAACUAUUCAGCACUAUUUUUCAUAUACUCGUGACAAUAGUCUCCUCAGGAGAGGCCUCGAACGUCAAUGAUGAACGCAUUAAACCUCUUAGCCGAGGCACAGGUGAAGGUUUUGCUUACGCCAACUUUAAGCCUCAAAAAUUUUCCUACCUCAACGUCACCAGCAUUGGGUCAGAUUAUGUUCUAGAAGACAGCGAAUGUGGAUUUGUUUGUGCCAACACACCGUCAUGUUUCUCCUUCAACUUGGGUGUAUUCUCCGCUUUCAUGGGAAAAGUGUUGUGCGAACUGCUUCCAUCAGACGUGUUUAACAACUCGGACAAGUUUGUGUACAGUCAGAGCCACCAUCACUAUAGUAUCACGGUGAAUGAAAAUUUUAUUUUAACUACUGCAAUUCACUAUUUUUCAAUUGAAAACUUUGGCCAAACCAUAAUCCUCCUGAAACACUUGCGAUGGAGUGUCUGUUUGUGUCUUCUUGUUAUUUCACAGUCUCCGUGUAUCAGUUGGCCAUAUCGGAACAAUGGGACAUGCGCGGCACAGUACGAAGACAACAGCUACGUCUGCAUUUGCAAAAAAGGCUUCAAAGGAAAAGAUUGCGAAUUUGAUAUUGAUGAAUGCGCUGAGGGACUACACUCUUGUGACGUCC